GCGUGAAGGUAGGUGCAUUCAAAUCAAUUUAAAAAUUGUUUACAGGACGAUUUGUUUUUAAUAAAUGUGAGUAUUUCCCAAAAAAUAAACUGAAUCGUAGCUUUAGCGGGUGUCCCGCUGAGCUCUCCUGGGCACUGCAGACGAACGAGCCCGCUGUUCACGCUCCGCAGCGUCCGUUAAGCCUCGAGUCACGAAGGUGCUGCAUUAUUAAAAAAAAAAAACUGCUCCAAGAUGCCCAUGGUACUGCGAACCAGAAAGUCCCUCCGCCCCGGCGAGGUACAGUUACCGGCGUCAACACCGACACCCAGGAGAAGCUCCAGGCGCAGGCAGGAGAGAGCUACGUACGAGGAGUCAGACGAGUCAGACUCUGAGCUUGUUCAGCUCCAGGAGGAGAUGGAGAGACGUGAGGCUGAGCUGGAGGAGGAAGCUGCUGAGGAGGCAGAUCUGACGGACCUGAAGGAUUGUAGUGUUGUGCUGGACCGUCUCCAAGCUGACGAAAAGAGUUUGAAAAAAGAUCUCGAGGAAAAAGAAGACAUGAACCGCAAAGGUGGGAAACCAGUCUCCAGGAUCCCAACUUUCCAGAAGCGACCCGCUGGAGCCAGUCAGACCACGGAGCUGCCGGUUCCCAGAAAGGAUACUCCAGUCCACGCUCAGCCUCCUGAGAAACUUGGAAGUCUGGAAACUUCAAAGUCCAAGCUGCCUGAUGUCAGAGAAACAGCAUUCCCCACCGCAUUGAUCCGCACCCCCAAAGUUGGCUUCGAGGCUCCUUCUACAUUCAGCAGGACAGAAGUGGCUCUUGCGACAGCUCACGGCCCUCUGAUUGCUGCCCAACCUGUUCACUCCCCUCUUCUGACUGCAAGCCCCAGGCCUGCUCUCAGAUCAGAGCAAGUCAAGAGCAAAACCUCAGAAACCAUCCCAGAUGGGCCUACAACCCAUCUGCCACGUGAGAGCUUCCCCAGCAAGAUACCCCGGGAGGAGCCAGCGGAGACGUACGACCCUGCAGUUAAGGACAGGAUUCUCCUCACUCCCUCUGGAGACUCCGAAAAGUCUGCAGAGAUUUUUCAAGCGCCUGAGGACAGCCAAGUGGAAGCUAUAAUGGACGAAGAACCUCCAUGGGAGACAGAGCCGCUGAACACAGCUGGUUUGAGGGACAGUAUAUCUUCAUCAGAAGCUGAAUGUGAGGAUGAGUUGGCUGGUGAGAUAUCAGAUGAAGUGAAGGAGGAUCGUGAACCGCUCAUAAGCCAGUCAAAGUUCCCAAAGCUCGAAGAGAAAAAAGCAGAUCCCGACUCAGACGCUGCUGCAGCACCAAAGACGCCCACUAAAAUGAAAGCAACCAAGUCAGCCAAGAGGUCAGGAUGUCCCAGUUUUACCCUCUUCUGCUUCCUGAGCACCACCUUGCUGCUUCUCGGAGGGUUCUCUCACCACGUGUGGCACUACGGGCUUCCCAUGUCCGUGUCCCAGCUCACGGCUCAGCUGGAGCUGCACUGGCUGGAGGGCUUUGGAUUGUUACCAGAGCCUUGUAGCACUGACUGUCGAGUGCACCUGGUGGAAAGCAUUCCUGUCGGUCUCUACCCGUCUUCCCCCUCGUCCAGAAAGAGCAUCGCAGACAGCUGGCUGCACCUGCUGGACAGAGCCAACAGCUCGGUCCACAUCGCCGCUUUUUAUUUCACACUGCGGGACAGUGAUCUGGGCUUGCACGAAUCCUCAGACUCUCAGGGAAGAAAGGUUUUUGAGCAGCUGAUGAAACUUGAAUCCAAAGGUGUAAAGCUCCAGAUCGCUGUCAACGCCCCCCAACAGUCGAAUCAAGACACAGCCGACCUGGCUGGGACAGGUGCAGAGGUCAGAGAGGUGGACCUCAAAGCUGUUACUGGAGGCAUCGUCCACACCAAGCUGUGGGUGGUUGACCAAAAGCACUUCUAUGUGGGCAGUGCUAACAUGGACUGGCGCUCUCUAAGUCAGGUGAAGGAGGUGGGUCUGUCAGUGGAGGACUGCAGCUGCCUGGCUCAGGAUGCCUUUCGGAUCUUUGGGGUGUAUUGGAGCAUCGGCGGUGCGAAAAACGGUUCCCUGCCUCCGUACUGGCCCGCUCGGCUCUCUGCCCUGUCGAGUUCCCAGAAGCCCCUGCAUCUGAAGUUCAAUGGGGUCCCUGCUCAGGUCUACCUCUCUAGCGCCCCUCCACAAAUCUCAGCCCGUGGCCGCUCUGACGAUCUGUCCACUAUUCUGUCUGUCAUCAACGACGCUCAGGGAUUCGUUUACAUCUCUGUCAUGGACUUCCUUCCACUGUCUCAGUUCACAGAGCCACUCAGGUUCUGGCCCGCCAUCGACUCUGCCCUGCGUGCUGUGGCGUGCACCAGAGGCGUGCAGGUCCGACUGCUUAUCAGCUGCUGGGAGCAUUCUUCUCCUGACAUGUUCAUCUUCCUGCAGUCCCUGCAGGUGCUCGGGAGGCAUCCACUCAGGAGGCAUCCACAGACGUGCAACAUUGACGUGAAAAUCUUUACAGUGCCUUCAACAGCAGAGCAGAAGAUUCCCUUUGCACGAGUCAACCAUGCCAAGUACAUGGUUACAGACAGAGUGGUCUAUAUAGGGACGUCCAACUGGUCAGAAAACUACUUUGCGUUCACGGCUGGCGUGGGCUUGGUGGUGAACCAGACAGGCUCUGCGGUUAAACCGGGCCAGCAGACUCUGCAGAGCCAAGCAGAGGAGCUGUUCCUCAGAGACUGGGAGUCCGAGUACGCCUCCACGCUCCCCGUUGAAGACAUGGACGUGUGCCCGCGCCAUUGAGGGAAUCAAUAAAGAGCGUCGCAUUUAGACGAGCCGCAUGCUUUCUUGCUGCUACUACUUGAACUUUAUUGCAUCUAUGCAGAAUCCGCUGGCUGUUUGUUUUAUUGCAGUUUACCGACUGGCUGCCUUUUUCUGUAUAUAGUUGCGUUUUCAGAGCACAUUAUUGUUUUGUUUUGUUUUUAAUUGCUCUGUGGUGUUUUUAAUAUUCUGUCAUAUGCUGACAGAUGUGACAAACGUGUUACAUUAUAAAUAAAAAAAUAUGCUGGAGACCUUUAA